AUGCCUUUUAUAAAUACCCUAUUAUCAAUAGCCAUCAUUGGCGGUGGAAUCGGCGGCUUGGUCCUAGCCUUACAGCUCGAAGCAGACGGCUUCAAAAACAUCUCCAUCUUCGAAGCGUCACGGGAGCUGAAAGCCAUUGGCUCGGGAAUCAAUCUUCAGCCCUCAGCUGUGCUUAUUCUACGGAAUCUUGGAUUGUUGGAAGCGCUUGAGGCAACGGGAAUCAAGACCGCGGAACUUCGAUAUUACAAUCGAUACGGCCAUUAUGUCGUUUCUGAGCCUCGCGGAGAAGGAGCUGGCUAUUUGGUGCCGCAGUUCUCGAUUCAUAGGGGCAUGCUGCAUGAGUUGUUGCUGAAGGCGCUGAAAGAGCGCUUGGGUGAGGGAUGUGUACACACUGAUCAUGUCUUCACUUCGUAUGCGCAAAAUGAAACCAGUAUCACGGCCAAUUUCACAAGGAGGUCGGAUCCUAACGUGCCAGUUGAGGUCCCGAAGAAAACAACGGAUGUUUUGAUCGCUGCGGAUGGGAUCAAUUCGACGGCCCGCCGACUGCUGUACCCCAACGAAGGACCACCGAAUUUCUCUGGUCGCCUACUUUGGCGUGGCGUGUCAAAACGCCCCCCUUUCUUAACGGGUCGAUCAAUGGUGUGGGCUGGUCAUGCUGACCAGAAAUUCAUCGCCUAUCCAGUGGGGAGAGAAGCGGAACUGGAGGGGACAUCGUUGGUAAACUGGAUCGCAGAAUUGAGAGGUAAAGUGGUGCCAAAGGAACGUUUUGCAAGUCAAUUCCAAAGCUGGACGUUCGGAUUCUUGAGUAUCCCAGAGCUGAUUGAGGAGACGAAAGAGGUAUCUGAGUUCCCGAUGUGUGAUCGGACGCCAGUAGACCGGUGGAGCUUUGGAAGACUUACUUUGCUGGGUGAUGCUGCUCACCCUCUGUACCCAAUUGGCUCAAAUGGAGCGAGUCAAGCAAUCCUUGAUGCCGUAGCUCUGUCUUCGGCUCUCCAGAACCAGACAGAUAUACCAGCCGCUUUGACGGCUUAUGAAAAAGUCCGUUUGCCUCCCACUGCAAAGAUUUGUUUUGCCAAUAGGGCCAAUGGACCUGACCAUGUGCUACAACUUGCACAUGAGAGAGCUCCAGAUGGGUUUGAGAACAUUGAUGAUGUGAUUGGUAGCAUGGAGUUGGAGGAAGUGGGAAGAGCAUACAAACUGCUAGCGGGUUUUGAUAUGGAAAGUGUGAAUAAAAAGGCAAAAGAGACGGAAGGUUUGUGGAGUUCGAAAGGAAAAGCAAAGAGUGCCAAGGAUCAGAAGCCCUAG